AUGAAUCAUGCUACGCUACUUGGAAAAACGGCGGAUUUGUGUAAUAUUUUUCGUCAGUAGCCGCCUGUCCGUGUGGGAGUGAGUCCUCCCCUCCGCUGCUCGACGUGACAACGCCUUCAAGACGUCAGCAGCACCGAAACCUGAAGAAACUCACCUGGCUGGAGGGGACGGGCCGACACCUGGAUCAACUAUCCGCACCUUUUAGCUAACUUUCACAACUACCAACCUCUCAGGUUCACUCCCCGACUAACUUUUUUUUUUGUUUUUGCGUUCAUUUCUUCCUGUACACUGCAGUUGGGAUGUUUUAUGCCCACACGGACAGCGUGGUUUAAUAAUUUAAAGUAGUAACAGGGCUAGUUCCGGGUUGGGUCAGGCAGCCCAAAGUCAAUAAUAAUAAUUCCUGUGAACAAACCCAACAUGGACUUUGAGUUAGGGGAGAUUCGGAAGCAAGUCAACGGCAACGAGGGAGCUGCGCAUUCCCACAGUGACGAGGUGACUGCAAGUAAUGGAGAUGGUCUGACCCACAACACUUCUCAGAGAGCAGACACAUGUGAGAAUCAUUCUGAAACGUGUCCUGGCAGUAAUGGGGAUACACACCCCUCUGGCCAUGCAGCAGAGGCUCAGGAUCCCCUCUUACCCACAGUCAUGGUCAACGCAAACACUCACCAACAGACCAGCGCAGUGUGCAAGAUAAAGAGUGAGCUGAAUGAAGUCAUCUUCUGGAGAAUCAGACUGUGGAUGGCCAUCGUCUUCCUCUUCCUCAUCAUCUUGGCUGUGAUUGCGAUCUCACUGGUUUUAUGCACAGUGAUCCAUGUGGACGUGGAUGAGGAGUAUGACCGUUCGUUAUUUAAAAUUCCUCGAUUUUUCAACGGAAGCUUCCAACUGACCAAUCAGGUCUUCACCGCAGAACUUCUCACGCCGUCCUCCAAUCAGAGCCAGGCCCUCUCCGCUGAGCUUCAAGAAAAGCUGGCUAACCUCUACAAAUCCUCCCCUGCUCUGGGGCGAUACUUCUCCGAAGCUGAAAUAUAUGCUUUCAGGAAUGGCUCAGUCAUCGCUGAAUACCAACUGAAGUUCGUCAUGCCAGCAGACCACGAUCAGCUGGAAAAGUUCACACUGAGUCGGGAAGUGGUGUUCAACGUGCUCAGACAGUUUCUAUAUGACCAGGAGACAGAAGAGACAGAGCCCAUGUACAUUGACCCAGUUUCACUGACAAUGCUCUAAGACAUUUGGUGAGAAAUGUUCACACACACUUCAACUGUUGACAGAACACAGGCCAUCCUGGACUUUGUUUUUUUUGCCUUUGCUGGCGAGACAGACAGGUAGUGAGCAGUGAACUUCUCUAAGGUGCGUAAGAAGUAGCAUGUGAUUUUUGUCAGUCUGAUGUGUGAUUGUAGCAUGAGUAUGUAGAAAAUCAUCAUGUGAUGUUUACCACAGGAAGCUAUACUGGCCACAGUCAUGCGUCCAGUCUUUUGAAAUGAAGACCAGGAUGACGCUGCUGUAUGUUCUACGGAUAUUUUCAUUGUUUCUGAUGCGUGACAGGCUUUUUAUAACCUGGCUGCUGGUCCAACGCUUUAUCAGACUUUAUCAGGGGAAUCAAUCAACAAUUCAAGACAAAGAGGAACAUAAUGGACUGUGUGCUUGCUGUUAACCUGAGAAGGUUACUGUGACUCAGCAAAGACUGCAAUAGUUGUGUUGGACGUUUUUUGGGUACUUUCCAAAAAAGGGACAGGAUCACCUGGAACAUGUUACUUUAAUUGCCAGAUCUUAUUGGUGUCAGUUUCAGUGUUUUAAAUACAUUUUUAUAUUCACUUUCUGACUUUUACAGUACAUAAGCUUUUGUACAUAAGAGGAGCUUCACAGGAUGAGCUGUAAUAGGAAUGAAAGAAAGCAGACAUUUUGAUGUUUUUGCAUACCUCUGCCAUUACUACCUGUGGAAUGCUAUAGCAAAAUUAGCCAUAGGGAAAUUAGCCCUAGAGAACUCUAUAUGAUAUGAAAAUCACCGACCCUUUUAUGACUUGAAUCUGACACCUAAGCAUGUCUGUAUAAAAUUACAUGUGCUGUACACUGUGAACUGUGCCAAACUUUAUACCAUGUAUUAGGGCUGUAGUCAACCAAAGAAAAUCUUGGUCGACUAAAGUCCUGAAAUUUCGACCAAAAGUCGACUAAUCUGGGGCGGUGGGAAUAAUAACGAAAAAAAAGUUACUAUUUUUAAAUGAAUUAACUGGGCAGUAGCCU